AUGCCUGCAAGCACGAACCGCAAGGUGGCGUCGCUCUCGACCGCCACCACAGCCUCAUCCCUCUCCUCCUCCUCCAUCACCGACCAGAGCCACAAGAACCCCACCAGCGAUCCCCACAACCCUACCAGCGACCCCCACAACCCUACCAGCGAUCCCCACAACCCUACCAGCGACCCCCACAACCCUACUAGCAAAUACCCUACCCGCAGCUCACCCCGCCAUGGCAAUAGCAAUAGCAGUCGUCGCACCGCUCGCGCUCCGCAUGUGCCGUCCCGCCCGUCGCUGCUUAGUUACGAGUCGGCCCACGACGUCGUCGCGCAGCACCAGGUGUUCCAACGUGCGACGUCGGCCAAGACCUCGACGGCUGACUCGUUCCGCUCGGCGUCGAGCGCGAGUCCCCGCGGCUGCUCGUCGUCGGCCUCGUCGCCCACGGCCGAGUCGAUCCUCAAGGUCGUGCUCAUUGGCGACUCGGGCGUGGGCAAGUCGAACCUCGUCCGGCGCUUCACGAAGAACCAGUACAAGCCGCAGAGCGCCCAGACCGUGGGCUUUGAGUUCGCCACCAAGACCAUUCGCGUCGGGGACCGGCGGCUGAAGGCGCAGAUCUGGGACACGGCCGGCCAAGAACGCUUCCAGUCGCUGACAGCGGCGUACUAUCGCAAGGCCGUGGGCGCGAUGAUUGUCUACGACAUUACCGACCGCAGCUCGUUCGAGCACGUGACGGGGUGGCUAGCACAAGUGCAUGAGCACUCGCACGAGAGUUUGGUGCUCGUGCUGGCCGGGAACAAGUGCGACCUCGCCCACUUGCCCGAGAGCAGAGAAGUGUCGACGCUCGAAGCGGCGCGGUUUGCCGCAAAGCACUCGAUGGAGUUUCUCGAGACGUCGGCUCUGGACUCGACGAACGUCGUCGACGCGUUCAAGAAGAUGAUUGUGCCCGUAGGGCGGUUGCUGUCGUCCGCAGAGCCGACUGCGAUCGUGCAAUUGCCGCAAGGGUGGCGGCGGGUGUUGUCCAGGACGAGGCCGGGGGAGUACUCCUACGAGAAUCAGUACACCAAGGAGCGCAUUGCGUUUGCCCCGAAAGAACCGGCAAAGCCCUCGCAGCAGAGCUUUCGCUCGCCUGCAAAUGGGUUGAAGAGCGGGUCGCCAAAGGUUGUCACCGUCACACGUGAGAGCCUGCAGAAACAGCAUCAGAAAGCGUAUCUCGCCCAGAACCAGACGCCGCAAUGUGGUGUCUGUGCAAGUGGCUGCACGAUCAUGUAG